UUUUUAAGAAUAUUUCAUGGGCUUUUGUGAUCAUGACGACGUUGGCGUUGUGCGUAUAUGGGUUUAAAGAGGGGAGAGAGAGAGAGGGGGGGUCAAAGCUUGUUUGUAAUGAUUUCGAGAAGAUCAGAAGCUCGUGAUGAGAAUUUUUCUUUGCAGGGAAGAGCAGAAGCAGAUUAGCAGAGCCAAGGAAUUUACAGAGUCCCUCAGCUUCGUCCCUUCCUUUUCUCGUGAUCUUCUCCCUCUGCUAUAUUACACUUGUUGGUUAGAGGACAUAAUAUUUCUUUAUUUUAUGAAGAUUUUCCAUCUCUGCAAAUGUUGCUUUAAACCUAGACAGUUCCAACGAGAUCGAAAGACCCCUGGAAAACACCCCAGUUGCUAAAACAGGAGAUACAGAUAAAAGAUACAGGCAGAGAGAGAGAGAGAGAGAGAGGGAGAGAGAUUUUUCUUUUGUUUUUCUUAUAUUUGUUGUGAUUAAAGAGGGGGGAGAAGACGAGCUGGAGUUCUCAGAGAUAGGUUUUGGGUGGUUUUAGAGUUCACCCAGAUAGGAGGAAAUCCUCGUUAAAGAGAGCAAAGAAAGGACCCAGGAGGAUCCAUUCAAGAGUCUGAGAAAUCCCUCUGAGUUGUUGGUCUUGGGUCUAGUUUGUUGGAGCCCGGAGACAACCGAUUAGAGAGAGGAAGGAAAAAUGGGAACCUGUGGAAGGAAUGGAGCAGUAAGGCAGUACAUUAGGUCCAAGGUGCCUCGUCUGAGAUGGACUCCUGAUCUCCAUCAUUGUUUCGUUCAUGCUAUUGAAAGGCUUGGAGGUCAAGAUAAGGCUACUCCUAAGCUUGUUCUUCAGCUAAUGGAUGUGAGAGGACUGACCAUUUCACAUGUUAAAAGCCAUCUUCAGAUGUAUAGAAGCAUGAAGAGUGACCUGAGCAGACAAGAUAUGCAUUCCAACCAACAAAGAAAACACUCCUUUGAUCGUCAUGAUGGGUGUGUUGAUGAGGAAAAUGAUGGUGGUUUCUUCUCUUCCUCAAAACCCAUUCAGGAUUCCGAUUCUCAGUUCAUUUACGGCCCUCUUCCUCCAAAAAGAGCUCGAAUAGAGACGACGAAUUCCAUCUCCCACAACCUGCACUGCAACAACCAAAGAAUAUGUGAGACAGUCGUCUCCCCGUACUAUUUUCAUGAUUAUCUGCAAGCCAUGGCUGAGAAUGGUGGAAUAAAGGAGGGUUUCAGAUGGCAGGCCGAGGCUCCAUCUACAUCUUUCUCUCUGCCACCCCAUCUUUACAAUCUCAAUGCUUUCGGAUACUCAAUGGAAGAAUCUCAGUUCUUCAAGAUGGCACAGGUGAACGUAGAACAACUUCCAUCAACCAGAAAGCGGAAAAUGGAGAACAUGGAUAACAGUUUCCAAUCGCAUUUAACGCAGUCUGUCGAUAAAGAACACACGGAAGAAGAAGAAGCCGGUGAUUGCACACUGUCACUGUCUCUCUCGUUGCGUCCAUCGGCGCAGAGUAACGCCUCAUCCACCAGUGAAAUCAGUGAGGCGAUCUCUUCAUCCAAGGACUGUUCCGGUUCUUCGCAGCAGCGCCAUAUAAACUUGGAUCUUUCCAUCUCUCUCUGCGGCAGUAGUGUUGAGUCAGUGUAAAUCUUUUUUUUUUUUGUUCCGAUGAAAAUUAAUCUUUUCCAUCCUAGCUUCUUUUGGCCAUUGUUCUUAAUUAAUUCUCGUGUGGUCUCUAAUGGUUUUCCUUGUUCUGAGAUGAGAAUUUGUGACACGAUAGAUGCAACAUAUGUAUGAAGCAUUUCUUGCAUGUAA